CAACGCGUUAUUUUGUUAAUAUUAUUUCAAUAAAUAAUAAAUAAAUUAAUAUGUAAUUAUCCGUGGUGUAAACUUGAAACUGAGUACUCGCAUACAGAGACUCGAGACAUCGUAAAGUAACUGUAAGGUCAGUUCUGUUAUAAAAGUACUGCCCAUUUCGAAACUAAAAGUGAUUUCAAUAUGUAGACCACUUUUACAGUCCCAAACUUGUCUCCGUUACGGUCGAAGCUUGUUUACGGAUACAAUAUAGUUACUGGCGAUCACCGUGAUCGAAUUUAAAUUUUAUGAAUUAAUAUAUUAGCAUACUUAUUUGUUUGAGUUAUCAAAAGAUCAUGUUUCUAUCAAAGUUUUAUGGUACUUAUAAAUAAAACUAUUACAUUUAACAUUAGUGUUUAACAUUUCGUUAAUGUACCAAUUUACAAAUGCAUGUUGUGAGCAAUUAAUACAACUUAAAUUAUUUUAGCGUAACACCGAACAACAUUAAGAUAUGAACGCUAAGUGAAUGCGAAAUAAACGAAAACACGAUUGUGUCAUUCCUAACAAUUGACUAUUUCAAGAUGAUAACUUUGAAUAAUAUUUUAAUUUGACCAUUAUAACCUACUAGUUUAAUAAUAAAUGUUUUUUUUUCACCUCGUGUUGGCAUUGAUCGCGGUUCACAGAACCGGUAAGACUGCGGUUACCCUUCGCCGAGAAUUCAAACAUGUCGGAACACCAACUAGCUAUGUAUAUGUUCCUCUUUUAAUUGUUUUAAAAUUAAAUACGUUUGUGGCAAAACGUCAAAAAUAUAUCUCUUUGCGCUUGUCAUUCUGACUUUGUCUCCUUGACACGUUUCGAUGACUAAUUUAACUCAAACGAAGCAGAUGAUAAGUAUGGUCAGAAAAUACGAAAGAAUGAGCGGCCGUCAGUCCUGGAAUGAAGAAGAUAUGGCAAAGGCUGUCGCCGCUGUCGUCUCAGGUAAGAUGGGCUACAAGUUGGCAUCCAGGACCUACCAUAUACCGCGGUCUACUCUCCAGCGACGCGCCAGCAAGAUACGGUAUCAGCAACCAGACGAACCCAAGCCACUAAUGGGGCACUACAGAAGGGUGUUCACUGAUAGUCAAGAGAAAGACUUAGUUGGCUAUAUCAAAAGUAUGGAAAAGUACUUUAUGGGAGUCUCCCGAAGGGACAUCAGAGAACUGGCAUUUCAAUACGCCGAAGACAACCAUCUAAACCAUCCCUUCGAUGUAAACAGCCGAAUGGCCGGAGAAGAUUGGGUGCGAAACUUCCUGAAGCGCAAUCCAGAACUCUUGGAUAGAUCCGACCACGAGAACAUCCUAGAACCGGUUAAUUUUGACCAAUUCUAUCAUUUCAUGUGUCAACUAUCAUGAUAGCUCAUUAUAAAUUUAUAGGUGAUAAUAGAUUUAAGUAAUAGAUCAGAUUUUUUUACGCGCAUUCAAGAUUCUUGCUACUCUGUACGUGUCUGUUCAAUUUGGAUUCUUUAAUACAUAAAUUACAAUUUCGAAUAGCUGUAAGUUGAUAUGUCGUAGACGCACAGUUCAUGUAUCAGUGAUAUAUUCUUUAGCACAAACUUGAUUAAAUUGAAAACGAACAACAAAAUGAUGUAAUGUAUCGGCUGAAGAGAUUUUACAAUGAUAUUUACAAAGUAGCUAGCUAGAGCCAAGCUCGAAAAUCAAGUUACCUUGGAUAUUUACCUUGACUUUUAUUUGGACCAAGUAGGUAUUUUAUUUGUACUACUUACUCAGAGUUGUCUGUCGCAAAGCAAGGGCCUGUGUGCGUCAUGUCCUUGAACUCUGUACCCUGACUACGGCCCGGUACUCACGAAAAAGAAGUACUUACGUAGUCUAUAACUGGUGACGUUAUAUUAUGCACUUGUAUAGUGAAAAAAAAACUAUUUAUAUUAAAUUUAACAUGCUAAAUUUAAGGGCUGUGAUAAAAAAAAAGAAUGGUGUAUUUUUGGGAAUCAUAUCGCAUAGUCGCGUUGGUGUUUUGUAUUAAAUAUAGUUGAUAUUGUUAUAAUGAUAACUUUAAUAUUUCGUAUGUUUUUAGUUCGCUGAUUCGAUUAAAUUUGAUAUUAAUAUCAAAAAAAGAACACUGUAGGUUGCGAAUUAGGCAAAUACAUUCUGAAUAUUUAUAUAGGCAUAAUAGGCAACCAGACAUCAAUCUACACCCAUCAAAAAAGGUACAGUUAUAUCAAGACUCACUACUUUAGUGAUGUAUUAUUAAUGAUUCAAAUUUUAUCACCUCAAACUGAUUAAUAGGAUAUAGGCAAUGCUAAUGUUUCUUUUUCAACGAUGACCGCUCGAUGUCAUGUGGGUCAUCUGUAUACAAACACAGUAAAAAAAAUGCCAAUAGUCCGCUUAGUACUAAAAUCGUGAACAUUAUUCACAUGAAAAUUAAUAAACUGCACAAGUACUAAUCUCUAUUCAAGUACAUUUAAAUAACUUGCUCCAAUUUCGAGCGUGUAGAUAUUGUAACUAUUGUUUUUGUUUUAAAGACGGCAUUCUUGAAACUGAAAAAUUAACAUUAGAAUUUAAAUUUUAUUACAAGUCGAAUGGUAUAUUUUGUAACCUUUUGCCUAUAUAAAACAUUAACUUUAAUUGUACAAACAAAGUUGGUAUUUCUAAUUUUUGUUUUGAACACCUACGGGCGAAUAUUUUGAAAUUUUCAUGAGUGUAAAAACAUAAAAAAAAGUACUACGAAUAAUAAGUGUGUGUUUUAAAAAUGGUUUUAAAAUUAAAGAAUGAAUAACUUCUCAAUUUACAACCAUGUUUAUUAAUAUUAUUUGGUUUAUUAAAAAGUAAUAAAGGUGACUGGUUAAAUUGGCUAUAAGAGGGUCUAAGGUUACCUUGGGUGUUUUUCCAAAUUUUUUAUUAUUUAUUUAUGUAUAAUUUUUAAGAGAAACGAUCCAUUUAAACUAUUUCGUUACCUGAUUUUAAUUGUUGAUCUCCUUAAUUAAGUUCGAAAUAGCAAAAGUGAUUUGUAUAUUUAUUUAGGCCAUGAGUUAUUAAUGUUGUUGGAUUUAUUAAAGAAAUUUUAAAAUGUUUGAAUACAUAAUAUUGUUUUAUGCCAAACCAUGUUAUAAUUAUUGUGAGAUUUAUUUUCUUAUUAGAUGUCUAAUAUAUUCCUAAGUACUUAGUGUAAUUGAUUAAAUAUUUCAAUAAAGUGGUCUAUCAUU